AUGGCUGACUCUAAGCGCCCACGCGUCUUCUUCGAUAUUGCGAUUGGCGGCACAAAGGCCGGUCGUGUUGCCUUUGAGCUUUACAGUGAUAUUGUUCCCAAGACUGCCGAAAACUUCCGGGCGCUAUGUACUGGCGAGAAGGGCCAAGGCGCAUCCGGCAAACCCCUACACUACAAGAACUCAAGCUUCCACCGGGUUAUCAAGGGUUUCAUGAUCCAGGGUGGUGACUUCACUCAGGGUAAUGGCACUGGUGGCGAGAGCAUCUAUGGCGAGAAGUUCGAGGACGAGAACUUUGAGAAGAUCCACGACAGGCCGUUCCUUCUGAGCAUGGCGAAUGCUGGGCCAGGAACGAACGGCUCGCAAUUCUUCGUCACCACAGUCCCUACACCACAUCUCGAUAAGAAGCACGUCGUAUUCGGUGAGGUUAUCAAUGGCAAGAGCAUCGUGCGCCAAAUCGAGAACCUUCAAACAGAGAGCGGCGACAAGCCGGUGCAAGAUGCCACCAUCAUUGACUGCGGUGAGCUCACGGGCGAGGAUUACGACAAGGCAACCGAGAAGGUCUCCGACGCAACUGGUGAUCCAUACGAAGACUUCCCAGAGGACCAAAAGUCCGCUGAUGAGGAGUGGAAAGGCACUGAAAUUCUUGAGAUUGCGACAAAGUUGAAGGACAUGGGCAACGAUGCCUUCAAGAAAGGCGACCUCGAGUUAGGUAUCAAGAAGUACCAAAAAGGCAUCCGCUACUUGCACGAAUACCCUGCACCACUAGACGAUGAUCCCAAGGAUCUCUGGCCUCAGCUCUGCGCCCUAAAGAUCUCGCUCUACUCCAACAGCGCCCUACUUCAGAAUAAGACACAGAAGUACGGCGAGGCGAUAGAGAGCGCGACAAAGGCACUGGAUAUUGAGGGAAUCACCGACAAGGACAAGGCCAAAGCCUACUUCAGGCGUGCCCAAGCAAAGGUUGCUAGGAAGAACGAGGAUGAGGCGCUGGCUGACCUGAAGGAAGCGGCAAAGUAUGCGCCAGGCGAUGCGGCGAUUGUGAAGGAGCAAGAUCUUAUCAAGAAGAAGGUUCAGGCGAGGAAGGAGAAGGAGAAGAAGGUGUACAAGAACGCUUUCAACUUUUGA